CUUCUUCUCCAUUGUUCUCUCUAGUUCAAGUUUUUUCUUUCAAAAUCUCUCUGUUAAUAAUAUUAUUUAUUUAUUUUCAAUUGAAUUGUUUCCUUAUCGAAACAAUUCAACAAAAUUAACCAACAGAAGUAACCGAAACGUUUCUGUUUUCAGCCUGGAACGCUUUUUUUUUUGUUAAACACAAAAAUCACUGAGAAUUCUUUAAGCAAGACAAAAACAAAAAAGAUCAAGUCUUUUUAAGGUUCCAACACAUGGGUGAUUCUUGUUUUUCAUUAUUUCCAAACAUGUCAGAUCAAGUGCAUCAUCAUCUGAUUACUUUGUCUGAGAAUUAACAAAAAAAAAGUAUGGGAGAAGAAGAAGAAAAAAGAAACAGAAGCAUUAGUAUUAGUUCAAGUAGCAGCAGCAGUAGAGCAAUGGAGAGUCUGUCUUUAGAAAUCAACAGGUACCCUAAAGAUCUACUACAAAGAUUCACCAUGUCCAACAAUGAUAUGCAGAAGCUAAAACAAGAGGAACAAGAUGAUGAUGCUGAAGAGGAGAUAGAGUUGAAUCUUGGGUUGUCAUUAGGUGGAAGAUUUGGUGUUGAUAAGACAAGUUCACAGAAGCUAACAAGAUCAACUUCAGUAGCUGGCUCAUUGUUUCCUAUGGUUAAAGAGGUUCAGGCUGGGGUUUCAUCUAGUUAUCCGUUGCUUAAGAGGACUUCUUCUUUGCCUACUGAGACUGAGGAGGAGUGGAGGAAGAGGAAGGAAAUGCAGACUUUGAGGAGAUUGGAAGCUAAGAGGAGGAGAAGUGAGAAGCAGAAGAAUUUGAAUGUGGAGGAUGAUAGGAAGGGAUUCAGAGGGAAUUGGGUGGCGCCUACUUGGAAUAGGAAUGUUAAUAGAAGCCAUACUUUGCAGGGAUUAGUGGGAUCACAACAACAGCAGGGCUCUCAAGGCUCUGUUGAGUCUCAAGGAGGUGCUUCUGAUAUAUCAGAAUUGGAGAGUAAGCCUGUUCAAGGAACAAGCAGCGGUGGCGAAGCAAGAAGCCCUGCAAGUACCCAAUCCUUGCAAGAUCGAAGCGCUCAAGAUUUAGUUGGUUCUUCAGGGUCAAAGCCAAACGAAAACAUAUACCGAACGUGCAGUAUGGAAAAUGGAAUGAAGAAGCUUGAUUCUGCGGAAACCAGAGGAGCAAGUUCGAAUUCCGGGGAAGACAUGCCUUGUGUGUUUACAAUAGGAGAUGGUCCGAAUGGAAGAAAAGUAGAUGGCAUUCUGUACAAGUAUGGUAAGGGUGAGGAAGUGCGGAUAAUGUGCGUAUGCCAUGGCAGCUUUCUCUCCCCAGCGGAGUUUGUGAAGCACGCAGGCGGGCGGGAUGUCGAUCACCCUCUUAGGCACAUAGUAGUAAAUACAUCUGCUACUUCGUUUCUGUAAUCAGUAAUCACCCCUUAGAAAAGAAAAAGGGGGAAAUGAAAUAUGAGAGACAAUUGAAGAUAGAUUUUUUUAUUUGUUCGAGUUCUUGGAAAUGGAACUUUAUAUACAUUAUCUAUAUCUCAUGUUCUGUAAGGGAUUUUUACCGCAUCUUUUAGAGAGGCUGUGUUAAAAUGACAAAACUGGCUUAAUGUUUAAACUAGGCUGUACUGAAUAGAAUGCUAAAAUGUAAAUAUUGUUUUUUGUGAA